AUGGCACAAUUUAAAUAUCUCAACGAAGUGAACAGCAUCUUUACGAUGGAUGGUGAAAAUGCAAAAGCGCCCGUACCGCGAUGGCAGCGUAAGCUUAACCUUUCAGCCGCAUCCACCAGCUUCAACAGUAGCAGCGUGCUGGCAAACACGUCCGCUCGGCAAACGCUGUCCGUGUCCAUGACCGGCAAUGCGAACAAUACGCUGCAGCUGUCGAUGACGGGCAAUUCGAUGAAAACACCACGAAAGAAUGGCAUCAAAACGAAGGUAACAUCCUCGAAGAAGAAAUCAUCCCAAACACCAAGCAAAGGUAAAGGACAACCGGGUGGUGGUGAUCGCUUCAUACCGAGUCGCACGGCGACGGAUUUCGAUCUCGGACACUACAUCGUGAAACAGGGCGCACUCGGUAAUGAGGAAGAUGUGGAAAACGAGGAAAGCGGUUCGGGUGGUGCGGCCACAAGCGUACCGCUGAGUCCGAAGCAAAGCGAAUGGAUAAAAAGUCUGUCAGAAGCAUUGAACGGGUGUGACAUUAGCAAGCAGCGAGUACUAUCCUACGACACGAAAGUGCCACAACCACCGGAAGGUCAUGUAAAUCCGCUGAAGGCAAUCUAUUCGGUGAAAACGCCCAUGUCUACCAAGAGCGGAAGUCGCUACAUUCCCAACGCACCGGAACGCAUACUGGAUGCGCCGGAAAUUAUGAACGACUACUACCUCAACCUGAUGGACUGGAGCAUGGAUAAUGUGAUUGCGGUAGCGCUGGGACCGUCGGUAUACCUGUGGAAUGCAGCCACCGGUACGAUCGAGAUGCUGUUCGAAAACGAAGGCAACGAGCAUACUUGUUCGUUGAGCUGGAUCCACGAGGGACACAUACUGGCGGUCGGCACCAGUGCCGGGACGGUGGAGCUGUGGGAUUGUGAAAACAUGAAGCGUCUCCGGGUGAUGAACGGACACUCGGCACGGGUCGGUGUGUUGGCGUGGAACUCGUACGUGCUGUGUUCCGGAAGUCGGGACGGUACGAUCAUAAAUCAUGACGUGAGGACACGGCAGCACAACAUCGGUGUACUGCAGGGCCACACGCAGGAAGUUUGUGGGCUAAAAUGGUCACCGGAUGGGAAAUAUCUGGCCAGCGGUGGUAAUGAUAACAUGGUGCACGUGUGGUCAGCAGCAAACGGAUCACCACAUGCCAACGGAGAACCACUGCACGUGUUCAAUCAGCAUCAGGCAGCCAUUCGCGCCCUUGCAUGGUGUCCCUGGCAACCGAAUGUACUGGCCAGUGGGGGUGGUACAGCGGAUCGUACCAUCAAGUUUUGGAACGUAGCGAACGGACAUCUGAUGAACUCGGUCGACACCAAAUCACAGGUUUGUGGGUUACUGUUUUCCAAAACGUACAAGGAACUCAUCUCGGCGCACGGUUACGUGAACAAUCAGCUAACGAUCUGGAAGUAUCCAUCGAUGAUGAAACAGGCCGAUCUGAUGGGACAUACGGGCCGGGUAUUGCAGAUCGCCCUCUCCCCGGACGGUAGCACGGUGAUGAGUGCCGGGGCGGAUGAAACGUUGCGUCUGUGGAACUGUUUCACACCAGAUCCGUUGCUAGCGAAGAAGGAAAAGUCGGGUGUCCGGGAAAAGCCCAGCCUACUGAAGCAAAGCAUGCGUUAGAUCGCUGACAGCAAGCGAUUUGCCCAAUUCCUGGUGAAUGGAACCAAAUGCUAAUGGUUUCUUGCAAGUGUGCCGUAGUUUGGAAUACGAAAUGACUGAAAAUUGCGUGUGCUAAGACGUAAUAAGGUAGUAGUAGAUUAGUUUCUGUAUGCUUUUAAUGUGUAUUUUUUUAUUUUGACUAUUGUACUCAAUGGUAGAAUGUGU